AGGACCGAGGGAGUUUCUUGGCUGCGCUCGGGUUCGCGGAGUCCCUGGGGUCGCGAGUCCGGUCCUGCUGCCCCCGCCAUGGGCCUGGAGCUUUACCUGGACCUGCUGUCCCAGCCCUGCCGCGCCGUCUACAUCUUCGCCAAGAAGAACCGCAUUCCCUUCGAGCUGCGCCCGGUGGACCUGCUCAAAGGCCAGCACCUCAGUGAUGCCUUUGCCCAGGUGAACCCCCUGAAGAAGGUGCCUGCUUUGAAGGAUGGAAACUUCACCUUGGCUGAGAGCGUGGCCAUCCUGCUCUACCUGACCCGCAAGUAUAAGGUCCCCGACCACUGGUACCCCCAGGAUGUACAGACCUGCGCCCUUGUGGAUGAGUACCUGGCAUGGCAGCACACAGCCCUGCGGAGAAGCUGCCUCCGGGCCCUGUGGCAUAAGGUGAGGCCCUGAGGUCAUCGCCCCAAAGGGGCUAAAGCACCAUUGCAUUCUUUUCCGUUUGGGUAGCCUCUAUGAAAUUAACUUUGACUCCACGUUGCUAUCCAACCCAUCUAAUACGGUCU